CGUAGCUGCUCGGCCAUCCGUUGCCACUUGCUUAUCCUCCCACUAGACCUGUACACCUACGUAGGCAGCCAUGUCAUCCGCUAUGGCCAAGAUCGCCGAGCUGGAGGCCGAGUAUGCUCGUACGCAGAAGAACAAGGCCACUAUGAAGCAUCUGUGUCUUCUCAAGGCCAAGAUCGCCAAGCUACGGCGCGAGGUGACAGACGCCGGCUCCAAGUCCGGCGGUGGCGGUACAGGCGAAGGCUUCGACGUCAACAAGGCCGGUGACACACGCGUGGGGCUCGUGGGAUUCCCCUCUGUGGGCAAAUCUACGCUUCUAACUAAACUCACCGGCACUUUCUCCGAGUCGGCGUCCUACGAGUUCACGACACUCACAGCCAUCCCAGGAACGCUCAAUUACCGCGGUGCUCGCAUCCAGAUCCUCGAUCUUCCCGGUAUUAUUGAGGGCGCAAAGGACGGUAAAGGUCGCGGCCGACAGGUCAUCGGUACAGCCCGUACCUGCAACGUCAUUCUCAUUGUGCUGGACGCCAUGAAGCCCGCCACACACAAGAAACUCAUCGAGUUCGAGCUCGAGGGCUUCGGUAUCCGCCUCAAUAAGAAGCCGGCCAACAUGGUCUUCCGUCGCAAAGAGCGUGGCGGUAUCAACUUCCAGACUACCGUCCCUCAGAGCGAGCUGGACGCAGACACAGUCUACCAGAUCCUGCACGAGUACAAGAUCCACAACGCCGACGUGACGCUGCGUGCCGAUGUGACGGUGGACGAGUUCAUCGACCAGAUCGAGGGCAACCGCGUGUAUAUCCCGUGUCUGUACGUGCUCAACAAGAUCGACCAGCUCACGAUCGAAGAACUGACGAUCAUCGACCAGAUCCCGCACAACGUCGUGAUCUCGGCCCACCACGGAUGGAACCUGGACGAACUGCUCGAGACGAUCUGGGACUACUGCCACAUGAUUCGCAUCUACACCAAGCCUCGGGGUAGACUGCCCGACUACAACGCGCCGGUUAUUCUUCACGAGGAGAACCCGACGGUCGAGAACUUUUGCCAGCGUAUCCACAAGUCGCUGCUAAAGGAGUUCAAGUACGCCUGGGUCUGGGGGUCUUCCUGCAAGCACCAGCCGCAGAAGGUCGGCAAGGAGCAUCAGCUACAGGACGAAGAUAUUGUGCAGAUCGUCAAGAAGGUGUAAGGAGGGUCUGUCGUGCGCUUCCAAGGUGGCGCUCCAAUAUACUGUAGCUGCGUUUCGAUAAAUCAUGGUUUAUUAGAUCCCUCUCCGUUAAAGUGGAGGAUAUCUAUCACAGUCUACGUCUCUAUCUACAGGUUGAUGCUCUGCUGUUUGCACUGGUUAAGAGCAUCGAGGUAGAACUGGCAGGCGGCCACGUCGUUCGAGUUGCGGUCGAUGCACUCGAGGAAGGCCUUGUUGUCACUGGCGCACAAGGCGGCCGAGGAC